UCUGUUUUGUUUCCGGGUCAAACAUAAAUGAACGUUCUGGGAAAAUCUGGUAAAACGUGCGUUUCAAAUGGGGAAUUGUCUUUAUCAGUGUUACUGAGAGGACAAACGGGAUGCUUGUGUUUUAAUAAGCAUCUUCAUACCUGCCAGCCAGGAUGGAUCUUGGUAAGGCAAAGCUGCUCCGGACAGGCCUCAACACUCUACACCAAGCCAUCCACCCUGUGCAUGGGAUAGCGUGGACAGACGGCAAGCAGGUCUGCCUCACAUCUCUCUACCUCCAGAAUGGGGAGAUCAAGUUCGGGGACACCAAUGUUAUCGGACAGUUUGAGCAUGUCUUCGGGCUCUUCUGGGGCCCACUGUGCUGCUCAGACUCUCCUGCGUUACUGGCGGUUCAGCACAAGAAGCACGUUACAGUGUGGCAGCUGCAGCUCAGUGCCCUGGAGCAGAACAAGCUGCUGUGCACGCAGACCUGUGAGAUGAGCGAGCCUUUCCCCCUUCUCUCCCAGGGCUGUGUUUGGCAUCCGAAACUGGACAUCCUGGCCGUGCUGACCAAGAGGGACACUUCUGUGCUGUUUUCUGUGCGGGUGGACAACAGGAGGACCAAAGCAGAAAUCAAAAGUAGUGGACUGAUCCACUGUGCAUGCUGGACAAAGGAUGGGACCCGACUGGUUGUGGCUAUAGGCAGUGCUCUCCACUCUUACAUCUGGAAUGACAUCCAGAAGAGUCUGGUGGCCUGCUCCUUCUGCCCUGUGUUUGAUGUUGGAGGCUACAUCUGUGCCAUUGAGGCUACAGGGGAAGCUCAGGUAGCUGUGGCUACAGAGCUGCCUCUGGAUAAACUCUGCGGGUUAAAUGCGGGCAUUGCCUUUGACCUACCCUCAGAGACUGAGUCCCACGGCGCACAUGUUCCCAUGUCAGAGGACGACAACGUCUUUUACUCAAGAAGAAGAUCCUCUGAAUCUGAGAGGUCUUACUUACCAAGCCCAGGCCCUCUGGAUCUCACCCAACUCUUGGCGAGGCACCGGCGCUCUGACCCCAGUCCCCUCAUUCACUUGCGUCGUCGGGAUACUGUCACUGGCACAGGCCAGGACUCCUCACACCUCAUCCUGGUCACAUAUGAGCGUAAAGUCACCACAACUCGUAAAGUCAGUAUCCCUGGGAUUUUGGUUCCAGACAUUGUUGCAUUUGACCCACGUGGUUCUACAGUUGCAGUGGCCUCCAACACCUGCAACAUGGUGCUUGUGUACUGCAUCACAGCCUCAGCAAUGCCCAACAUCCAGCAGAUCUCUCUGCAGGCAAAUGAGAGGCCCAAAGGGGUCUGCUUCCUUAAUGACAAGUUACUGCUGUUGAUGGUGGGUAGGCAGAAGUGCAAUGAUCCUGCCUUUCUUCCAUCUUCUAACACGGAUAAAUACAUUCUUCAUCUCCUAGCCAAAGAGUUAAUAAACAAUGGAGAGACUCCCAUCCCAACAUCUCCUUCUCCUCACAAUCACGAGUCGACGACUAAUUUCAUCCCGAGGAUUAGGAGGCACUCCGAGAACUUGACAAAGGAUGACAGGGAGCGUACAGGGAUAAAGGAUUUGGUGUUGCCUGGAGGGGGAGUCAUUCGUUCGCCAGCAAACAGGCGCAGGCUGGUGGAGGAGGUGAGGAGCAGCGAGCCGAGCCCUGUCACCAGUUCUGUGGAUUUCUCUGAUCGAGUAUCAGACAGAGCCACGUCCAGUGCCUCCUCCAUCACGGUGGAGAACUUCGACAUGGACCACGUCAACCGCAUAAGCAGCUUGGCCUUAGCCGGCCAGGCCAGCAGAGACUCCAGCCGGGCUGCAUCACCUCGUCUAGAGCCCUCAGAGAAGUUUCACUCUGAUGCGACCUUACCCAUGCCUGAAAAGACACCCCAAGUCCCCCCCAGAGACCGCGCUGUGGAGCAGCUCGCCCACAACAUGGAGAGGCUUUUUAAUCGCUUUGCAGACGUACAGCAAUGCCUGACAGACAUCAGGGAUUACACACAGAAUGGGAAGAAGGCCUCAAGCAUCUAUCCUAAUGCCUCUGAACCCCCCUACAUCAAUGUGACGUGUCAGAAGCAGUUAUCAGAAAAUGUGUUCAUCGAUGAGCGGAGGCCGGUGCUGCUGUGUGAUGGGAAGCUGUGUCUGCGUGCCCUCCAGGAACUCUUCAACCUAACCAUUGUAGAGAUGAUGUAUGGUCCUUUGUGGAUCGUUCUUGUGGCAGAUGCAGACGGCUAUGUGCCGCUAACGUUCAAGCCCAAAGAAGAACUCACAGUGCGUAACGGAAAGAGGAAAACCAACAUAAGAACUCCAGAGAGUUCCUGCCCACCCAGUCCAGCGCCGGGUCAAAACCCCAACACAUCCAUCGAGGCCUCCACAUAGUGCUUCUUAACACCCAGCUCAGUUAGUGGACUCCUGCAGGGCAAUCUGUGCUGCUUCAGUGUAUUUGUCUGAAUCCUAGAAUGCGAGGUAAAGUGGAUUUGGCCUGAACGUGUAGAGCAGCAUCAUCGCAGAUCAAGAGAUUUAUUUUUGUAAUGACCAAAAGUCAUGUUUUCAAAAGGGCUAUCCAUCUAUGUUGUGUUAGGCCGAUACAUAUUGCUACUUUGUAAUGAAGGCUCAACGGAAAGGUUGAUGUUUUGUUGAAAAAAUGCAGUUAAGUCCUUGCAGACUGAUAAUAGUGCCAUGGCCUGCUAAAAGAAAACUUGGGGUGUGUUAAUGUCCCCAGAUAAUGACAUAUGAAGUGAAUGUUUUGGUCUUUAUUAGUUGUAAUCUGAAGAGUGUUGAUGCUGUGCAUGGAAUUGAGAUUUUGCCCAAGAGCACUUAGCGCGAAUGGUCGACACACAUAAGCAUAUCUAAAAUGCUGAUGAAAGCCCAUUAGAGGCACUUUUUCUUCUGCAAGAAUGUUAGAAAGUGUAGUAACACAACUGUCCACUAGAGGGGUGACACUCAUUGUCAUGCAGUGCUGUUCAGAGCUUUACCAAAGACCAAAAACGUGUGUUUGUGUGGAGCGACAUCCCUUGGUAGCCUUUUUGAACAUUAAAAUUUCUGAAAAUAA